CCUCGGCGCUCCACUGCGGGCGGCCGCGCGCGCGCGCGGAGAGAGAGCCGGCCCGCCGCUGCCGGCGGCGGGGGCGCUCGGCCGCGCGGCUCGGCCGCUGUCGGGGGUGCCCUCGCGGGCGCGCCCAGGGCGCGGCGACCCCCUACUUCCUACAGGGCGGGGACGACGGCCGGCAAACCCCCCGCGGGCCGGCGUCCUCCGGGGAGCGCAGCCCGAGCCGAGGAGGGCGGAGCAGCGAGAGGGUAGGGAGGGGGGAGGGGAGGGGAUGGAGCAGGAGCAGGAGCACGAGCAGGAGCAGGAGCCCGAGGAGGCCUGCCUCACUGCAGGCACGCGCCCGCGGCCUGCUGGCCCGCGGCCUGCGGGCUCCCCAUCGCCGCGGCCCCCGCCUGGGCCGCCGCGACCGCCUCGGGGUCCAGGAAGUCGAAGAGCGCCUCCCAGGAGUUCUCCGGGGCGCCCCCGCAUCCACUCCCGCCUCGCGGCCGCGCCGGCCCAGGGAGCCCACGGCGGGGGCGCGAUGGAGUACGGGAACAGCUGCGCGUCGGGAGCGCUGGCCGCCCGGCCAUGGUCCGCCUGG